AACAAACAGCGGAGACUGAGCAGCACGCUGCGCAAAAUCGUCACACACACUGACAUUUGCUGAAGAAGAACAAUAACCAUUUUUAUAACUAGAAAACGUAAUUUUUAUAAAAAAGAAAUAAACGAAUAGUGUAAAGCAAAUGUUUUCUCCCUGCAGCCGGGGGCUUUAGGAAACUGCAAGGAAGUCAUCAUGUGAAGAAAAAAAAUUGUUAAACGGACAAAAGGGCUGGAUUACAAGAAAAAAAGCGAAAGUUAAAAGGGCGUGAGCGGAAUGUCCGUGGAUGAGAAGCCUGAAGCCCCCAUGUACGUGUAUGAGUCGACGGUUCAUUGUACCAAUAUCCUCCUGUGCCUGAACGACCAGCGGAAGCAGGAUAUCCUGUGCGAUGUGACUGUCCUGGUGGAGGGAAAGGAGUUCCGUGGCCACCGGGCCGUGCUGGCCGCCUGCUCAGAGUACUUCUUGCAGGCUCUGGUGGUACAGGUCGAGAAUGACUUGGUCCUCAGCCUACCUGAGGAGGUCACUGCCAGGGGAUUCGCCCCAUUGUUGCAGUUUGCCUACACUGCUAAGCUGUUACUCAGCAGAGAAAACAUCCAGGAGGUCAUCCGCUGUGGCAAAUUCCUGCGCGUGCACAACCUGGAGGACUCGUGCUUUCGCUUCCUGGAGGCCCAGCUCCGCAGUGAGGAGGAUGGCCUGCUGCUGUGCCACAAGGUGGCGCCGGCCGAGGGCAACCACAAGACCGAGGACGAGAACAUGCAGUCUGAGACGACAACAAAGGCAGCCUCCCCCCAGGCACGCCGGCGCUCUGAAGCCCUUUCCUCCUUGCGGCGUGCCCCGGACAAGGACCGGCUACCCGUGGCGGUGCCCAGUGACUUCAGCAACGUACGACUGGACUUCGACAGACACGGAGCAUCCGACCUCCCCCGCUGCCCCAAAUACAGGAAAUACCAGUGGGCCUGCAACAAGCACAAUAACGACACCUCCUCACACACCAGUACCUCAGGUUUACCAAGCACAUUAUUAUUAAAGGAGACCAGCGGUGGCAUCAGCGGCGAGGCGGUCCGGGGCCAGAGCAUGUCGCCGGUGGCAGACAUCAAAGUGGAGCCGCGGGCAGAGGAAGAGGCCAUCUCGCUGUGCCUGUCAGGGGACGAGCAGGGCGGCCUGGACAAGGAGACAGGCAUGGAGAUGGACAGUGUCCCAGUAUUGUCCGCCUCCUCCGCCAAGAGGAGCCAGUCCCCCACCUGCCUCCGCGCCUUCUUCAAAAAAGGAGCAGACCUGCCGGGUCUGCCCAACGUGUCGCAGCAGCUAUUUGCCAACAGACUCACCAGCGUCUGCCCCCAAGACAAAGGAACCACUCUGGAAGAUCACAAAACAAAAGACUUCAGGCCUCUCAAUGCUGGGGAGCUGGGCCUGUCUGUUACAUCCCUGAAGGAGGUAGACGGCUUCCCUCUGAGGCUCUCGUCGCUGAAGUCCACCUCCUGCGAUGGCGUCUGUAAACAGGAAGUGGAGCUGGACCGCCGCAGUGUCAUCUUUUCCUCCUCAGGGGCCUGUGACCGUCUGGGCUCCCCGACGCAUUCCUACCCCGGCGGGAGCUCUUUGGAGAUGGAGCACUCGGAGCACACGUCAAUGGGCCUGUGGGCUGGUGCCAGCCAGUCCCUUCCCAGCUCCCAGACCUACUCCCCGAGCAGUGCCCCCUCCCUCGCCUCCGCCACCACCGAGCCCCCGCCGGUCCUUUGUCGCCCGCUGCCAAACACCAGCUGCCCAGUGCCAAUCAAGGUUUGCUCGCGCUCGCCGCCCUCUGAGACCCGCACACGGACCUCCAGCUCCUGCUCCUCCUACUCCUACGCGGAGGAUGGGAGCGGCGGCUCACCCUGCAGCCUGCCCCAGUUUGAGUUCUCCUCCUCGCCGUGCUCCAACGUGGCGCUCCGCCUCGCCGCCGACCAGCAGGAACAGGGCGUGAUGGGGGGGGACACCCUCUUCAACCAGGUUCGCCCCAAGAUCAAGUGCGAGCAAUCGUACGGCACCAACUCCAGUGACGAGUCGGGAUCCUUCUCCGAGGGUGACAGCGAGUCGUGCCGAGUCGAUCAAGGGCGAGAGGUAAAACUUCCUUUCCCUGUUAAUCAAAUCACAAAUCUUCCACGGAACGACUUCCAAAUGAUGGUAAAAAUGCACAAACUGACCUCAGAGCAGCUGGAGUUCAUCCAUGACAUCAGGCGGCGGAGUAAGAACCGCAUCGCAGCGCAGCGUUGUCGCAAGAGGAAGCUUGACUGCAUCAUGAACCUGGAGUGCGAGAUCAGAAAACUGGUGAACGAGAAGGACAAGCUGCUGACGGAGAGGAACCAGCUGAAGGAGUGUAUGGGCGAGCUGUGGGAGAACUUCUCCUGUCUGUCCCAGGAGGUCUGCAGGGACAGACAGCUGAGUCCGGAGCAGGUCCAGUCCCUGAACCACCACUGCCCUGUCCUGAAGCCCGGCACCACCAACGCCACCACCACUGCCAGCAACGCUGCCUCUAACAGCAUUGACCUCAUCACCCACUCCAGCUCAGCCACCCCGGAGCCCAGCUUCCUCAAGUCCUCCGGGCCCUCAGAGAGCGAGCCUGAUUGGGCCAUGGGCAACGGGGCUGAUGGGGGGCCAGGUAGCAAUGAGGCGGAGGGCCAGGAGCCAAGUUUAUACAUGGAGUCGGGGUUCUCGUUCAAUGAACAGUCCAAUCAGACGGUGACGGUAGACUUCUGCCAGGAAAUGACUGAUAAAUGUACAACUGACGAACAGCCGAGAAAGGACUGUACUUAGUAAACUGUGGUUUUAAUGUUUUUUAUUAUUUAAUUUCUAGUUUUUAUUUUCUUCUGACAAACCCCUUCCUCUGGGUUGGUGAGAUGUUCAGCCUCUACCAGUGUUCUUUAAACAACAGGUUUUUUUGUUUGUUUUUAUUUAUGUCUUUUUGUUGUCUUUUUAUAGGUUGACACUACAGUUGUCUUAACAGCAAUACUGUUCUCCAGGUAUUCUCCUCUCUGUAACCAUGACAGAAUAGGGACUUCCCACACCAAACUCAGCUCACAAUGGUGCUCCACCAUGCCCCGUCAGGAAGCAACCUCUACAGUGGACACACUGUUCUCUAUCUAUACAGUCUACUCACAGGGAUGGGCAAAGAUCACAUCUUCAAUUCAAACCUCAAUGGACCUAACAGCAGCACUCUUUGUCUCUCGAUCUACCUACAGUUUCUAUCUCUCUUUCUUUGUCUUUCUAUUUCUCUCGCUCUCCCUUUCUCUCUCUCUCUGUCUCUCUCACUCUCUCCUACUCUGUCUAUUUUCCUAUCACUAUUUCUACAUCUAACACUUCCACUCUAUUUCUCUCUCUCACUAUCUUUCUAAUUCCCUCACUCUCUCUUGUGGCUCUUGUCACAGCAAUUCAAACUCAGGAAAAUAUAUUCUGAAUGUUCAACAUGAUUCAUGAAAAUAAGAAUUCAGCUUCUGUAUAUGAGAGGUUUUUGAAGCAGACUGUAAAUGUUCAUAUGCAAAAAUGUAUUUUGUACAGCAAAACUCUGUGUACAGACAGUACCUUAACAUUCCUCCUUUGCCUUCCUCAGCACUGAAACAAAAGAGAAAAACAAACGAUUUGGCAGGUGGUUCCCAAAUAGCUAUGUUCCCAUACAUCAGCAAAAUCAUUGUAUUUGGAUGUUGUAAUGGUAACUUUCAAGUACUUGCUUGGGCAGAACGUAAUAACGUAUAAUGUAUGGCGCAUGGUGACUGUCACAGUAAUAUUGUACAGGUAGUGGCUUAGACAUUUCUUUUUCACUGGGGUUAUAUCAAGUACCUUUUUGCUAAGGGAAAAUAUUUGCUUAGCUUUUUCCUGAUUAAAGGAAAAUUCGACAUAAAGGUGGGUGUUCUUAAACUCAGGAAAUCAGCUUGACACACACACACACACACACACACGGAUGUUGCUGGCGAGGACAGUGUAAAGUAUGUUAUUAAUCCGUGGCUUGCGCAACAUCCUUUCAAACUUUGACACCUCUUUAAAUGUGAAAAAUAGUUUAGGCUUGUUGUGUUUUUGAGGAAACUUUCUUUCUUUUUAUCAGUAUUUAAAGAUGCUUUAUGUAUGAUGGUGAACCCUCUCAGACACCCUUUGAAUAUCUUCAGUGUUUAUGUUUCAAUGUGGUCGAGAAAUUUGACAAUAGAUACCUUUUCAAGCUGAGGGACAGAUAUUCUGUCUGUAACAAAAAAACACACACAAAAUAUUUAUAUUUGACUAAGGAUACUUUCUCCAAUGAAUCUGGGCUCAAGAUCAGGCACUUUCCUUCCAGCACCAGACACUCCAUUGUAACUAGAUCCUAUAGCACUUCAUAGAGGGUCUACGUCAGGUUCAGAACCCUGAAAACACUGAUGCUGGAGCACUUGAAUUGGCACUUAAAUUAAAACAUCUUAUUGAUAUAAAUAUAUCUAUGAAGACAUUAUAUUCAAAAACCUAAAGCAAUCAGAUGUAUUAUAAAAAAGAAAGCCAACAUAACAUGUAGAGAGUGUUCACAUCUUAUAUUUGUAUUUCUUUCAGAAUGAAUCAUUUAUUUGGGACUUGAGUUCAUGUGAAAGCAUGAUAGUAACAUGUUUGCCCUGAUUGUACAUUUGUUGAAAUCAUAAUAUUCUGUGAUGUGAAUGCAUGCUGCCUGUAUAUUUGACCUAGUUAUUUUGUCUAGCUUAUGUUUGCUUCUAACAAUAGUCCUCAGCUAAAUUAUUUAGUCCAUCUUCUGAUGAACAAUAUUUAAGCAGUAAGGUACCUCGGGGGUUUGUGAUAUAUGGCCAAUAUACCAGAGCUAAGGGCUGUUCUAAGGGCUGUUCUUAGGCAAUCAGGAGUGCCUGGAUGCAGCCCUUAGCCGUGGUAUAUUGGCCAUAUACCACAAACCCCAGAGGUGCCUUAUUGCUAUUAUAAACUGGUUACCAACGUAAUUAGAGCAGUAAAAUGAAAUAAAAUGAAAAUACAAAAAAUGAGAAAUAGAGACAGAACCUGUCUUUACAGUGAGUGAAUUCAAUUGGAAUAAAAAGCUUUACUCAUAGCUUUAACUUCAUUCAGGAUGAAAAGUUAUACAGUGUCGGAAAGAGCGAUAUUAUAAACUGAGUGGUUUGAGCCCUGAAUGCUGAUUGGCUGACAGCCGUGGUAUAUCAAACCGUAUACCACGGGUAUGACAAAACAUGUACUUUAACUGCUCUAAUUACGUUGAUAACCAGUUUAUAAUAGCAAUAAGGCACCUUGGGGGUUUGUGGUAUAUGGCCAAUAUACCACAGCUAAGAGCUGUAUCCAGGCACUCGGCGUUGCGUCGCGCAUAAGCACAGCCCUUAGCCAUGAUAUAGCGCCCCCCCCGUGCCUUAUUGCUUAAAUAUACACCUUGAUGACUGUCUGCAAAUUCUUAUUGGCGUUACUCUGUCGCACCCUCUUGGACACAGCUGUGUAAUACUCUCGUCUUGACUGAUAUCGAAAGCUGUUGUGAUAUUAGAGUGCAGCUUUGUAGAAUAUGUCUGUGUUUCGCAGUGUGCUAGGCUGAGUAUUUGACCAUUUAGAUAAGGUUCCCUAAGAUUUUAGUUAGAUCCGUAUACAGUCAUACACAGACAACUAAAACAUGCACCCAAAUAUUAAUACACACACAAUGUAUGUCCAAUGGCGUCUUUUCCCCGGGCGCCGAUGACAUGGAUGUCGAUUAAGGCAGCCCCCUGCACCUCUUUGAUUCAGAGGGGUUGGGUUAGAUGUGGAAGACACAUUUCAGUUGAACGCAUUCAGUUGUACACCUGACUAGGUAUCCCCCUUCCCUUAUGUAAGGAAGGAGUGUAGAGCAGUUGUACACCUGACUAGGUAUCCCCCUUCCCUUAUGUAAGGAAGGAGUGUAGAGCAGUUGUAAUUGUUGUUUGUGAGGUUCUUCUUCCACUUUGGCUUUUCUCUGAUUCAUAUUCUAUCACUGAAUUGGAACAAUAUACAUCAGUCUCCAUUAUCAGGUACAAAACAGGAAACACAUUUGUCAAAUCAUAUACAAUUCCUACCCAAUAAAUGUACAUUUACUUUCUCGUUUUUGACGUAAAAGUGGAAAGCAUAAUGGUCCACCAGAAAAGCACACUCUCAUUAGGCUACACUUUGACAAUGUGGGGGAAAAUGGAUUGAAAUUCAUAAAGUUUCUAUUGUCCUCGGCCAAUCAAAGCUAUACCAACAGAUAUCUUUCAAUAUCUGUUGUUAGAUGGCCUUAUAAUGCUAUUAGGAUUAAUAUUAAUGUUAUUCUUUGGAUAGCAAUGAGUGCAUAGCCUAUUUCUGGUUUGUACUGUACGUACAAUAAUUCAUCAUUGUUUAUUCUCUACCUAGAGCCCCAAGAUUGAUAUACAGUAAAGGUUGGUGGAUGCAGAUAGAAGCCCACUGGGCACAGACAUUAUUUCAACAUCUAGUUUUGAUAUACAUUUGGUUGAGUUGUCGACUAAUGUAAAUGCAAUGUGAAAUCAAUAAAAAACGUUUACCAUGCCAUUGGAUUUAGGUUAAAAGCUGGGUGAAAAAAUAUGCCAAUCCAAUCAGUUUUCCACAUUGAUUCACUGUCACCACAUUGAAUUGUUUUGUUGAAAUAACGUGGAAAGAACAUUUAUGCAACCAGUUUUUGCCCAGUGGGAGGUGAUACAAAGUAAUGAGGGGUUUUUAAUGUAGCUGGUCAAUUGCCAGUCCAGACCUCUUAGCUCUCUAGUCCUGAGAGAGCUACUCCAUGCUUGCUAUGCUGUAUGGGGUGUUACUAUGGUGACCAAUGGUUGAAAGUAGUACAUGAUCAGGUCAUCUCUACAGUUACCCCAAGCAUUACGGGUCAAAUAAGCUUGUUGUGUGUCAUCAUCUCAUUCACACAGAGAUUUGUCUGGUUGACCUAAACCAGGACUAGUCAUUGGUCUUGUAUAUCGUCUCAGGGUGCCGAGCAUUUUAUUUCUCCAUUUCUGAAUCUGUAGCAGACUUUUGUACUUUAGCUGGUUUCUGGCUGUGUUUGAGUGUCUGAAAGUUUAGCUCACUUCUAACCUCUGGUCUUAUACUCCUGAAGCUAAUUUCUACAAAUGCGGAAUAAUAAGCUUUGCACAAUACAGAUGAAAGUCAUUAAGAGCUGCAGAGAGAGUACUCAAUACAUUGGAGUAAACAUACAUAUAUAUUUUAAUUCUGUUUUGGUAGUAAAUACAACAAAAUGUUUCUCGCUCUCAAGUUCCUUACCUCUGCAGUUUUUUACAAGCCAAAACUCAAAAAACAGUAAUGUUAUUUGAUUUGUUAGCUGGCUAUGGUAAUUAGUUGGUGGAUAUUUGUUGUAAAGCUAGAUGCAUUGAAUUCAUUAUCUUUUUGAGAGGCUUUUGUGCUGUAUUCAUUUCUCGUUUUGUUUCACUGUUUUGUUUGUUUUAGUUGUUUUUGUGUGCUGCUUUGAAAGAAAAAACACUGUCUGUCCAACUCCAAAGGUUGUUCUUUUGAAAAGAUGAACAAAGCUUGCCUUUUUCACAAAUUGCUCAACUUUAUAAUAUAAUAUACUGGUUUCCUGAUUGAAUGCACAGGCUGAGAUCAUUUUAGGAGUAAAAGAAAAGUUUGAAAUGUUUACAAAACGGUAUCACAUGUCAUGAUGUGUUUAUUACAUUUGUCAUGUAAAUAGAAUUUGCUAGGUUAAAAUUGGACUGAAGGUUAGUUUUCUGUAAACAAAAAAUGAUGUGUUUUCUCAACUUGUCUUUUCAUUCAACUGGGGAUGUUUCAGAGUUACAUGGAUACAAGUGCACCUCCAAUUUUUGCCUUAGAACUUGCAGAGGUCAUAGUUCACAUUCAAGUGAAGUGAGUGUAUGCAGGGGCCUACGCCCCCCCCCCCCCCCAUCCCUGAGUCACACCCAGUGCAGACCUUCUCACACUUAUCUACCUGUGAAAUCCUUCAUACCUCUCAUUACUGGUCAAUGACUGUAUCAGCCAACUUCAUCAGGUGUUUUUUCUACAUGCUUUUUACACAGAUUAUAUGGAUUAUUGUAUUAGUAGAUUUUGGUUCAUUAUUUUUUAUGUAAAAGCUCUUUUACAUAAUUUUUUCUCUCGUUUUUCUAGAACAGUUUUUUGUUAAUAUUGUCAUUUUGAAAUAGCUGUAAUUUGCUUAUUCUCUAUUAAGAGUUCUUACUCUUUUCAUUUUGAAAUGCUACACGACCCUAAUGAAUUAAAAUGACUUAUUAACCAUUUUAAACACGGUAUUGUGCAAACCCCAUUUUCAUUCAUUUCAAUUGCUAGCGUUAUAUAAAGGACAUUUUUGUCUAGACACCAUUUCUGUUUAUGAAAUAAAGAAACAUAUCAUGUG